CCUCCCAAAAAAUCUUGAAUACAUCUUGGUGACUCACAGACGCAGUUCAGCCCUGAUCAGCCCUUUUCCCGUGUUUGUAAAGUGACGCUUCGCCACACCCAGGCGGUACUGAACGCUCGGAGUCUGCACUCAGCUGCAAGCGACAGGAAAGCAAAGCAGAGCAGAGCUCAGCCGUUUGUGCAACAUGUCUGGGAUUGCCUCUAAGCUUCAGCACCAAAGGGCAAAGGCGCACGGUUUCGGCACCAACGAAAAAGCGGUGAAAUACCUGGGCCAGGAUUUUGAAGCUCUGAGACAGCAGUGCCUGGCGUCAGGUGUGCUCUUUGAGGAUGAGACCUUCCCCCCCGUGCCCUCAGCCCUGGGCUUCAACGAACUGGGACCGCGCUCCUCCAAAAUCCGCGGUGUAACCUGGAAAAGACCGACGGAGCUGUGCUCCAGGCCCCAGUUUAUAGUUGGAGGUGCCACCCGGACUGAUAUCUGCCAAGGGGCUCUUGGCGACUGCUGGCUCCUGGCUGCCAUCGCUUCCCUGACUCUGAACGAGGAAGUCCUGGCUCGAGUCGUUCCCAGUGGACAGAGCUUCCAGGAGAGCUACGCCGGGAUCUUCCACUUCCAGUUCUGGCAGUUCGGAGAGUGGGUGGACGUGGUCAUCGAUGACCGGCUGCCCACCAGAGACGGGGAGCUGCUGUUUGUCCACUCAGCUGAGGGCUCGGAGUUCUGGAGCGCCCUGCUGGAGAAGGCCUACGCCAAACUGAAUGGAUCCUACGAGUCCCUGUCGGGCGGAAGCACCACCGAGGGGUUUGAGGAUUUCACCGGCGGGUGUGCAGAGGUGUACGAACUGAAGAGCAAGAACCCCCAGCUCUUCAAGAUCAUCCAGAAAGCCAUCGAGAGGGGCUCUCUGCUGGGCUGCUCUAUCGAUAUCACCAGUUCAGCGGAGACAGAAGCUGUGACGUCACAGAAGCUGGUGAAGGGACAUGCCUACUCUGUGACCGGCGCCGAUGAGGUGAACUACAGAGGGGACAAGGAGAAGCUGAUCAGGAUCAGGAAUCCCUGGGGCCAGGUGGAGUGGACUGGACCCUGGAGUGACGGCUCUGUGCAGUGGAGGGAGGUCAGUGAUGAAGACAGAGGGAGACUGAGCAACAAAGCUGAAGAUGGAGAGUUUUGGAUGUCUUUCUCUGACUUCCUGAGGCACUACUCGCGAGUUGAGAUCUGUAACCUCACCCCCGACGCCCUGUCCGAGAAUUACAAAAAGUGGGCACUUUCCAAGUUCGAUGAGAGCUGGAGGAGAGGCUCCACAGCAGGGGGCUGUCGCAACUACCCCAACACCUUCUGGAUGAACCCGCAGUUUGUGAUCAAGCUGGAGGAGGAGGAUGAUGACCCUGAAGACAACGAGGUGGGCUGCAGCUUCGUGGUUGGUCUGAUUCAGAAGAACCGCCGGCAGCUGAGGAAGGCGGGCGAGGACAUGCACACCAUCGGCUUCGCCAUCUACGAGGUUCCCAAAGAGUUCUCAGGGCAGAGGAAUGUUCACCUGAACAGGGACUUCUUCCUGAGGCACCAGUCCAGUGCUCGCUCCGAGACCUUCAUCAACCUGCGCGAGGUCUGCAACCGCUUCACGCUGCCCCCAGGGGAGUACCUCAUCGUGCCCUCCACCUUCGAGCCACAGAAGAACGGCGACUUCUGCCUACGUGUCUUCUCCGAGAAGCAGGCCGACUUCCAAGAAAUGGACGACCCCAUUGAGUCCAAUGUGGAGGAGAUAGUUUUAUCUGAGGGUGAUAUUGACGACAGAUUCAAGAAGCUCUUCGGACAGCUGGCCGGAGAGGACAGUGAAAUCUCAGCAUUCGAGCUACGUUCCAUCCUCAACAAAGUGGUGACACGACGUUCAGAUAUUAAAACUGAUGGAUUCAGCCUGGAAACCUGCCGUAACAUGGUCGACCUCUUGGACAAGGAUGGAAGUGGUAAACUGGGCCUAUUGGAGUUCAAGAUCCUGUGGACCAAGAUUGAAAGCUAUCUGAAUAUCUACCGCGGAAAGGAUGCAGAUGGGUCUGGAACCAUGAGCUCCCCAGAAAUGCGCGUGGCAGUGGAGGAGGCAGGUUUCAAAUUAAACAAUGCGCUGCACCAGAUCCUUGUGGCUCGAUACAGUGACCCAAACCUUACCAUCGACUUUGAUAACUUCGUUGGCUGUUUAAUUCGUCUGGAGUCCCUUUUCAAGAUCUUCAAGACACUGGACCAGAAGAAACAGGGAGAGGUGGAGUUCACUCUUCUGGAGUGGCUGAAUUUCACUAUGCUGUAAUGCUCAAGAGGGGUGGGGACUGGACAAGCUGAGGACAAGACACCCCCCCUCCGCCCUACCUGAAGCACAGUGAGAGAGGAGUGCCCAAUCCCAUGAGGCAACUGCCAGCUGUCUUUUACAUUUUCUUCCUCUAACUUUAUAUAGACGGUUUGCUACUGUAUGGCUUAAAAAGAAAAAUGUAUAAAUAAGCAAUAAAUAUCUCAUAGAACUAAAAAAAACAAGAACAGAACAAUACAUUUUAAAAAUACAUUCUCCUAUACAAAUUAUUUUUUGAUGCUUGAAUGGUGUCCAGUACUAUAUGAGACAGGCACUGCUCUUUCAAAAUUUGUGUCUGUAAAGAAAUUAAGAACAGAAAACUGUCAUUGUUAAUUGGGGUCAAUAAACUUGUUUUUGAACUAA